AUGGUUCGUCACAAUAACCAGCUACCGAAUAAUCUAACACAGUUGCAAAAUUUAAUCAAGAGAGAUCCUGAAUCAUACAAAGAUGAAUUUCGACAACAGCUUGCACAUUUUGAUACAACGUUGGAAAUUUUUAACCUAAAUCCCACCCAAUAUAGCAAAAAACUUGACGAACAGGCGAUGUUUUUAGCGCAAGUCACGCAGUGUUAUUUGAAUGAAAUGACAACAUUUCCACAGAAGAUUGUUGAUAUUUUAAAAACUCAUAAUACUAUUCUUCAUAGUGAUAUGCGGCUUUCAUUAUGUAAAUGCUUGAUUCUGCUAAGAAAUAAAAAUUUUGUAACAUCUUAUGAUUUACUUGAGCUUUUUUUCUCGCUCAUUAAAUGUCAAGACAAAAACCUCCGAGAAUACUUGAAAACUCAUAUAAUUACCGAUAUUAAGAACAUGAAUAUGAAACAUAAGGAUAUGAAACUAAAUUCAACAUUACAGAAUUUUAUAUUUUCAAUGCUUCGUGACACAAAUGCAAAAUCAGCUAAAUUAGCAGUAGACAUAUUAAUAGAAUUAUACCACAAAAACAUUUGGAACGACCACAAAACUGUUAACAUAAUUGCUGAUAUUGGAUGUUUCUCCAAGAUUACAAAGGUAAUGGUUGCAUCAUUAAAGUUUUUCCUGAGUAGAGAGGAAGAAGAAAAGAAUGAAAACUCUGAUAGUGAUGAUGAAAUUGAUCCAAGGGAUACUAUGAUAUCUAAUAAAUUUAACAAGAAAACAAGGAAAAGAGAGAAAAUGGUAGAUAAAGUUAAGAAAAUUGCUAAGAAAUUAAAAAGGAAAAAAGAAAAAGCACCAAUAUUCAAUUUCUCCGCGUUGCAUCUUAUAAACAAUCCUCAAGGAUUUGCUGAGAAAUUAUUCAAGCAAAUAGAAUCAUCAAAUGAUAGAUUUGAAGUGAAAUUAAUGACACUUGAUGUAAUCUCCAGAUUAAUUGGCUUGCACAAUCUGUUUUUGUUUAAUUACUAUCCAUUUAUUGCUCGAUUAAUUAUGCCCCAUCAAAGAGAAGUAACUAGGAUUUUACAAUUUGCAGCUCAGGCAUCACAUGAGUUAGUACCACCAGAGGUUAUGGAGCCAGUGAUGAAAGCCAUAGCUAAUAAUUUUAUUACUGAAAGAAAUUCUACUGAUGUAAUGGCUGUUGGCUUAAAUGCAGUUCGUGAGAUUUGUGCUAGAUGCCCUCUUGCUGUUGGAGAAGAUCUCCUUCGAGAUCUAGUACAAUAUAAGUCAUAUAAAGAAAAAUCUGUUAUGAUGGCUGCACGAUCUCUUAUUCAACUAUAUAGACAAUCAAUGCCUAACUUAUUACAUAAGAAAGACAGAGGUAGACCAACAGAAGCAUUAACAGAAAUAAAAGCAAAGCAAUAUGGGGAAUUGGAUAUAAAGGAUUAUAUACCAGGAUCAGAAGUUUUAUUAGAAAGAAAAGAAGAGAAAAAUGUGGAAAAGAAAAAUAAAAAAACAAAAAAGAAAACAGAUGAUUCAGAUGAAGAAGAAUGGAUUGAUGUUGCUUCAUCAGAUUCAGAAAUCGAUAUUUCUACAGAUGAAGAAGACAAUAGUGGAGAUGAAGAUCGAGAAAGCAAUAGUGAAGAUGAAAAUGAGGAAAUAAAAGUAGACAAUGAUAAUGGUAAACAAUCUGAAGAAAACCUUAAUCAAAAUAAUACUGACAAUAGAAAAAUACUAAAGGCUAAAAGAAAACUUUCACCAAAAGAACUCGAAGAAAAAAUUGAAACGGCCCGUAAAAUUGCAAUGGACACUAUAUUUACCGAUGAAGACUUUAAGCGAAUAGAAGCAGCACAAAUAAAGAAAUGUGUUAGUGGAGUUAAAAGAAAAAAAAAUAUUAUUGAAGAAGAAGCUAAUGAAUCUACUGAACUUGUACAAUUAUCAGCUAUUGAAAAUAUCCAUAAGAAAAGGAAGCACGAUAAAAAUGCCAGACUAGAAUCUGUACACAAAGGGAGAGAAGACCGAGAUAAAUAUGGAUAUAAAGAUCGAAGAAAAAAUAUUAACUGUUCAAAAACUAAUAGAGAAAAAAGAAAGACAAAGGCUUAUCAAAUGGUGAAACAUAAAGCUAAGGGUAAAGUUAAAAGGUCUUUUAAAGAAAAACAAAUUGCAUUCAGAAACUACUUAAUAAAACAGAAAAAAAUGAGAUAG